AUGGCUCAUUUGCCACAAAUCGAUUUUCGCUAUCGUUGGCUUAGCGAGACCAUAUCGAAUGCACUCGGCAUUUUUGAUACGACGUUUGCUGAACAACUAAUUGCUGAGCACAGCGAUUUGGUUGACGCAUUUUUCAAUGACGAUAUAUAUGAGGAGGCCGACGCCCGAAAGCAGAUUCUCUUCGUUUGGCGAACGUUCUACGAUAAGCUGGUGGAAGAAUCAAUAACCGUACUGGAGGAAGAAUUGCCAGAGACAUACGAACAGUGUCUGGCGGAAGUGCCGAUGAGAUUCAUCACCGGAUCGGUGAAUGGUCAAUUUAUCGGUUCAAUGAAGAAACUUUCCCAAGAAAUAAUUCCACUUGCACUCAAUAAUCAAUUUCAAGAGCCGAAAAUUACAAACAGCAUUUCAUUUGAACAAGAUGAGCACCAAGAUCAAGACAAACCGAAGACCAAUCAAAAUAUUGAGUGCUCAAUCGAUUCCACAUACACAUCACGUCCCUCCGAUUUCCGUAUCAAGUCAAUUUGCGAUGGUAUUACUUCGGAAUUCGUUGAGCAUAAUUCCGAUCGAAAUGACGACCAGCAGCACAAGCAGAAACAGCAGCAGCUGCAGCAGAAGUGCAAAACCGGUCAGACCAAUGAGACCGCUGCACCAAAAUCGAUACGCAAACUUUUUGACGAGUUCAUUGUCGAUUUCAACGAAUCGGUCGAACGGUAUUGUGUGAAACUGAAAUUGCAAACUCUCCGAUUUUUCCCAAUUUUUUCUUCUUUACUUAUUGAUCGCAUCAAAUAUGUGACUGAGUUCAAUUUGUUCACCGCAUACAAUGCGCCCGGCCAAGAGAAUAUCACAGACGAAGAGGACAAAGAAAAGGUUAUGGUUCAACCGAUAAUCGAAUCGAUCGAGAAGUGCAGCAAAGAACAAUUGGAAGAUAUCGUGAACGGUUGGAUGCGGCACAUAAAGAAAGUGUUCAAGAUAUACGAACAAAAGACACCCGCAGAUGACAGCCCGAUAAGUGAAUAUCAUUUGUGGCGAGAGGAAGAGGCCGAAUACAAAGACAUUCUUGAGCAAAUAAAAAAUCCGUUUGUAAUUUGUUGUUUGGGUGAGUUGUGUCGUUUGAGUAGGUUGUAUUUUUGCGCAUCGUUCAACAUUCACUUGCAACUUGUUCAUCUGUGUAUUGAACUCUAUUUGCAUACAUUCCGUUUGGCCCAACUUUGCGUGGCAGACACAUUAAAGCAGCAGGAUUCGUCUGUUGUCGUCGCAUUUCAAACACUCGUCGAAACGCUGAAGAAAAAAUUCGAGCAAACAAAACAAAAUGCCGACUACAUAUCGACCACUGUCGAUUAUCUGAUGAAAAUCCAGAGCGAAUCAAAUUUUGAUUACAUAAAAUCGUUAAUACCGAACGUAAUGCUUAGUCUGCGCCAUAUUUGGAUCAUAUCGACAUACUUUAGUCAAGAUGAAAAAAUGCAAAUGUUACUCUACAAAAUAUCAUUUAUAUUCACCGAAAAAGUGAAGCGAAUUGUUACACUGAAUGCAAUAUUCAAAUAUUCGGCGUCCGAUGCUCACGCUUUGGCAACGAAAUGUGCUGAUUUAUUGUCGACUUGGAAGGAGAAUUAUUUGAAAACUAGGGAGCACAUCGAACAAUCGGGGGUCGGAUCACGUUGGGAGUUCAAUAAAAAUAUUUUGUUUGAUGAUGUCGACCACUGUGCCCGCAUAAGCAAUGAUAUUGCAAACAUUUCGCUGGUAUUCAUCGAGUUCGAGAACAUAUUCAAGCAGAAACUUCAGUCGCUGGUUUACAAUCCCGAUGAUGUAGACAACAUGAUGAAUAAAAUCUACCAACUGAUUGAUUAUGUCAUCAACAUUGACUACGAUAUUUUUCGACCGGGAAACUUGGAAAACUGGGAAGCAUCGCUGAAACUAUUCGAUAAACGACUGCAGAAAAUUGAACGCGAUGCAAAGAAUCUCAUCGAUAAAUGCAUUCUCACUAUGCGUUCGACCGAAAUGGCCAUUGAACUGAUCAACACUGUUGAACAACUCAACACUCGCAAAUGUCUCGUAGAACAUAUGCUAACCAAACAUGACAGCAUCGUUCACAAAUUCACAAGUGAAAUCGAGACGAUUGAACAAGAAUUUCGGAAUUUCAAAAGGAAUGCGACGCCCAUCAAAAACCAACCGAAAUUCAUCGGAUCCACAAUUUGGAAAAGGCUUCUCUGUGAAUAUUUAAGUAGAUCGGCAAUCGCUUUCGAGAAGAUUGAAAUCAAUCCAACUUUGAGCGAUAAUGGCUUGAGACAGACCGCAUUGCAAAAGUAUUUAACAUUGAUUGAGGACAUGAAUAAUUUUGAACGAAUCAAUUAUGAAAACUUUUUGGCUAGAGGAACGAAAGCGGUUAAUGAUAUUCUCAAACGGAAUAUUUUAAAACUGAAAAUAAUCAAGGCACCGAACAUGACUUGUUACCCGCUUGCCAAACAAACUGGGAUCAAUAAAUUCAACAUUGCGGUCAAAAUCCGAAGACGUCACCGUGACAAACCGAAUGCCAUGCAACAACGAAAACGAAUUAAAUUUUUAACGGCGGCCAUCGCCUUAAAGUGGCUCGUCACUUAUUCAAGUGGUGCCACGCUGAUCGCUCAAUCUGAUGUCCAAAACGAAUUGAGUGCCGAACAAUCGAAACUUUUUCAGGCCGCAUCGCGGCAAGCAAACAAUCUAACGUGGGAGAGGAUAACGGAACAUUCCAUUCUGAUUGAAUAUCAAUUAACUUUUGAUGUGAAUUUUUCAAAUGUUAUUUAUGACAUAAUAAUGGAGAGUCAACAGUUUGAAUACAAUAAUUUUAAAUUGAAUCCCGUUUUACGUAUGGCCAUCAUGAGGAAGGAAAUGCUUUUUGUUGAUGUGCAGGCGGUAACACAAAUGCUCGCCAAAUACAAUGGCAUCAUUCAAAGUUUAUCCGAACCGGAGAUUCAUUUUUUACGUGACAUUCUGUACGCAGUUGAAUUGAAAAUUCAAGCUGGAUUAGGUAGAUACACAUGGCAAUCAUGCAACAUUCAGACGUAUUGUCAAACAUGCGAAGAGUCAAUAUCGCAUUUAAAAACAUUUAUAAGACAAAUAAAGUACGUAUCGUCGGAUAUCAAAACCCGGAUGAAUCAAAUAGAAACGCUGUCAAUGUUAACAUUGUGUGAAAGCGAUCAGCCGUCAAACGAAUUGCAUUCCUCCAGAAUCUUCAACCAGAAAUUGAAUGCAAUCCACUCGAAUGGAUCAUCAUCGGCAGCAGCAGACAACAACAUCGUUAACGAUAACGACCAUCAGCAUUGUCUUGAAAAUGCAACGAAAGCUGAACAACGUAGGAAAAGUGUUACAUUUGCCAGCGAUGUGGAACCGUGCAUGCCAUCGAUUGCAAUGUAUUUUAGCAUCAUUCACGACAACCAGCACAGAAAAAUGAAGAGCGUCGAACAUUUAUUCAACACCAUUGGGCCAAUUUUAAUUAAACUGGAAUCUUUGGUAUUGGACACGAGCACCGGUGAAUUGGAUAAUAUGCGUUUGUACUACAAUUUCUGGGAAAAUCAAUUGUUUGAACUUUUAAUUAGAUUGACCAAGAGAAAUUUGAAUCAGUUCAUUGAAACGAUGCAGUCAGAUCAUCCAUUACUUUGCAUCGAUGCUUUACUAUCGACACCAUACAUCGUUCUACAGCCGAGUGGCACUGAAGUUUACAACACCAUUAUGGAAGUGGUAAAGGGAUUCCUCGAAAGCUUGAAAUCGUGUACCCGAUGGGCGCAUGGAACUUGUUUAUCUCCAAUGGAGUUGGUAUAUGAUGCUGAGGAAGGCGGCGGCGGCGGCGGUGAUGGUGGUGGCGCCAAUGGUGGUGUGUUCACGUUUUACGAGGAUAUAAUAAAGUUGCCGGAUGUUAACGAUUUGAUGUCCAAUAUUGAACGAAAUAUUCAACAAAUUGUUGACAAAAUACACGAAUAUUUAGGCAGUUGGAAUGAAUUCGAAGCGCUAUGGACGUCCGACAAAAUGAUAGUUUGCGAAAAGUUUGUUAGCCGUGGCUUACCGCUCGUUCAUAUUGAUGAAAAAUUUCUGUUUUACACAAAUAUUGUGGAGCGCAUGGAUACAAUACAACCGUAUCAUGACAUCGGGCCAAUUAGAUUGAAUCUGCACGCGUUGAUUGCCAACAUUCGAGCAUAUGCUAUUGAUUGGAAAAAUACAUUGGGCAAAAUACUGAUCGAGAAAACGCUAAAAGCAUUACGAACGCUUCACAAACAGAUGAUGGAAUUGAAGCAAAAUUUGAAUCGUAACAUUAAGGGAUUGGAUGAAUUUAAGCUUGCCAUGCAAAUCAUUGCCACGAUACAAUCGACGAACAUCUCAACUGAGCUGCAACUGCAUGAAAUUCAAGAAACUUUUGCCAUUUUAGCUGAUCAUAAAAUAGAGUUCAAGUUUAGCGACAUGAUCAUGUCAUAUUAUUUGGAGCGACGAUGGCGGAAAUUAUACAAUUCAUCAUUAAUUAAAGCUGAGUCACUGAAACCUAUUAAGAAAAAGUUUGCUGAUAUGACAACAAUUGAAAUCAAUACUUUUUUAACAAACCUAUCGAUAUUUGUGCAGCGUUUUUUUAGCGAAGGGCCAGGUGCGGUCGAUAUGGAUGAUGGCAUUAAACUAAUGGAACGAUAUAGCGAUCAGUUUAAGUUGUUGGAACAACAGAGACAUGAAUUCGCAAAUGCUGAAAAACUAUUUGACAUGCCGUCUACAGACUAUGCAGACUUUCUACGUGCGAAAAAGGAAUUCGAUGGCAUGCAUUUUAUUUUUAAAAUUUACAAACAGGAGAAAAAUGCCAGAGACAAUUGGGCAACGACACUGUGGUGUAAUUCGAAUCCAUAUCUGCUGUACGAAGGAAUCAAUGCAUACAUCAGCGAAUUUGAGAAACUUGAAAAAUGGAUUCGUGAGUUGAAUGCCGGUCGAAAUUUGCAUGAAAAAAUGAAGCAGUUUGAAUUGUCGGUGCCGUUGAUGGCAAAAUUACAAAAUGAUUCGCUGAGACAUCGUCAUUGGGAACAUUUGAUGACGAAAACGGGCCAUCACUUCAACACCGAUCGAAUGGAAUUUCGACUAUCCGAUAUGUUCGCCAUGAAUCUGUAUAAACAUCAGGUGGAUGUUGAGAGAAUUGUACACGCUGCAAACAAUGAAGUUUUAAUUGAGCAAACACUUGAUGAACUCAUUUCGAAAUGGGAUCGAUUAAUGUUUACAUUUCAGCCACAUUCAAAGCGAACGCACAAGCGUGCCUUCACACUCGAGCAAACGGACAAAAUCAUUCAAAUUAUUGAAGAAGAUGCGAUGCAAUUACAAAUUCUAUCUACUUCACCAUUUGUGGAACCGUUUUCGGAUUUGAUUCACACAUGGGAAAAGACUCUGUCGCUCAUUUACGAAAUUAUCGACCAAUGGGUCAAUUUUACGCAACGAAAAUGGCUGUAUUUGGAGGGCAUUUUUGUUGCUAACGAUGCACGCAUCAAAUUACCAACGAUUGCUGACAAAUUUGACAGGAUUGAUGUCGACUAUAUAAAAAUAUUACAGGAGUCGGCUGAGAAUCCAGGUGUAAUACAAGUGUGUAUGGCAACGGAUCGUAUGAAAACACUGCAACAACUUCACCAACGGCUAGAAGAAUGUCAAAAAUCACUAAACAGCUAUUUGGACGCCAAACGACAUAUAUUUCCAAGAUUCUACUUUAUGUCGACAGACGAGCUGCUAUCGAUGUUAGAAAGCGGAGACCCAGCUUCUGUGCAGUGUCACAUAAUCAAAAUGUUCGAAAAUAUAAAAUCGUUGCGAUUAGAAACGAAUUUAAAUGGUUGUAGAGUAAUCAAAGGAAUGAUUUCGACCGAAGGUGAAUUUUUGCAAUUCCACAACGAAGUUUCAACAGAUGUUCCCAUUGAAAAUUGGCUGAACAAUAUCUUGGAGCAAAUGUAUUACAGUCAACGCUAUGUGACGAAAGCUGCGAUUUAUGAUUAUGGCAAAAGCGGUGAUACACGCAUCGAAUGGAUUCACAAUAACUUGGGUAUGGUGUGUUUGGCGGCAAAUAGUGUUUGGUUUACCGCACAAAUGGAGGAAACCUUUCGGCAAAUAGGGAACGGACGAAAGGAUGCAAUGCUAGAACUUUUGAACCAGCAAAACGCGCAAAUAAAUGAUUUAAUGGCAAGAGUUCAUUCAAAUUUAACGUACUGCGAUCGCCUUAAAUUCAAGACAAUCGCCACUGCUGAUGUGCAUGCACGAGAUAUCGUCGAUUUGUUUGUUGAACAUCACAUAAACGAUGCGAGACAGUUCCAAUGGAUGAGUCGGCUCCGGUUCCAUUGGCUCAGGGAUGUGGAUAAUAUUUUUAUUGAACACUAUUCAGGUCGACUUCGAUAUGGCUACGAAUACAUGGGUCUUAACGGUCGACUGGUUAUAACACCAGGUACGGAGAAGGUUCAUUUUGCCAUUGCACAUGCAAUCAAUAUGCAAAUGGGUUGCAUGCUGAACGGACGAGAAAAUUGUGGAAAAACUGAAACAAUUAAAGAUCUGGCGAAAAUAUGUGCGAUAUUCUCAGUGAUAAGGAAUUGUACGGAAUUCAUGGAUUUCAAGACGCUACACACGAUAUUCAUUGGUCUUGUGCAGUGCGGCGGUUGGGGAAUUUUAACAAACUUCAACAAUAUGAGAAACUCCGUGAUAAAUGCUAUUUCAAUGCCAAUCCACGCUUUAAAUAUGGCUCUGAUUACAAAACGACCCACAUUCCAAGACGGAUUAACCGAAUUGAAUUUGAACAAUAAUUUUGGCCUUUUCAUCACCCUUAAUCCCCAAACUCAUAAAAUGCAAAAUGGCAAUAGUGGCGGCGCCGACGGCAGCGGCAGCAGCAGCAGCAGCAGCAGCUUACCCGCUUUUUUUAAAUCAAAUUUUCGGCCGGUGGCUUGCGUCGAACCAGAUAUAGAAUUGAUCUGUGCCGUUUCUUUAUAUUCGGAUGGAUUUAUACAAGCGCAAGCAAUGGCUAAAAAGACCGUGGCUUUGUAUCAAUUAGCUAACGACCAACUAUCCAAACAGCAUCAUUACGACUGGGGAUUACGUUCUUUGAAAGCAGUUAUCAAAUUGGCGGCAAAGAUGCGUAACCAUCAAACCGAAGCCUGUGAAUCGGUCAUUUUAAUUCAGGCACUACAUCAAAUAAAUCUUUCGAAACUUGUUUUCGAGGACAUUCCACUUUUUUUGGGUUUAAUUAAGGAUCUUUUUCCCGGUAUUGACUGUCUGCAGCUUACUCAUCCGGAAUUUAGUGCGGCUGUUAAGCAUGUUUUAGAAUCAGAAAAUUACGUUUGGCUUGUUGAACAGCAAGAGAAAAUCAUUCAAUUGUAUCAAACGAUGUCGACGCGUCACUGUACAAUGGUUGUCGGCUCAACAGGUGGUGGAAAAACUGUCAUCAUAAACACGCUCAUAAAAGUACAAUGCCAUUUGGGAAUACCGACCAAGUGCACGGUGCUCAAUCCGAACGCAUUCUCAUUGAUCGAGCUAUUCGGAUAUUUGCAUCCACGUACCAAUGACUGGUUUGAUGGCCUAUUUACGAGCAUCUUUCGUGAUAUGAACAUUUCACCCAUCGUCGAACAAGAGGAACGUCGAUAUAUUUGCUUCGAUGGUGAUUUGGAUCCGGUGUACAUCGAAAAUAUGAAGACCAUAAUGGACGAUAGCAAAAUGUUGACAUUGGGAAAUGGCGAGUGUAUUCGUUUGGAAAAUCAUUGCACAAUCCUAUUUGAGAUUGGGAAUUUGGUUUACGCUUCACCUGCCACCAUAUCAAGAGUUGGAGUGGUUUUCGUUGAUUCGAAUCAAUUGGGUUAUAAGCCAUUUUGGCAGCGUUGGUUACGGGCCCGGCCCAAACACCAAACCAGAAUAUUACAGCGACUGUUUGAUAGAUUUAUUACACCGUGCAUAGAUUACAUUAUCGAUGGAUUGAAUAAUAUGCGCAAGCAAAAUCCAUUGAAAAGAGUCAUUCAUCAAACAAAUCUGAAUAUGGUAACUCAAUUUUGUUGUAUGUUCGAUACAAUGUUUCCAACAUUAAAAAGCUCGAGCAGCAUGGCAAUGACUGGAGCGACGGUGAUUUCAUCGAAAACAGCAUCCAUUCCAAUGACGAGCGCAACGUCAACGUCGAUUGAUGAUGAUGCGAUAAUUGAAUGUGGCUUCAUUGAUUGUCUGUAUAAAUCGUUUGGCGCUGCAUUGCUGGAAGCAGACACCAUUCGUUUCGAUGAAUUUGUGAAGAAUCUUAUGCAAAAAUCCGAAAUUGAUGACAACAAUGAGCGGCCGGCCAACUUUGAUGAGUGUCCCACUUCAAAAAAAUCAUUAUUUGACUACUAUUUUGAUUGUAAUCGAGCCGCAUGGAUUGCUUAUGAUUGGAUCGUACCACAACAUAUACACGAUGUUAAUCUCAAAUUUAAUGAGAUUUUCGUUCCAACUGCUGAUUUCGUUCGAAUCAGUCAGAUACUAAAUCAACUGAAUAAUAUCAAUCAUCCGUUGCUGCUGGUUGGUGAUACGGGAACAGCGAAAACAGCGAGCAUGCUAAAUUAUUUGAAAAAUUUGAACGCCGAUAGAAAUCUCACAACACAAAUUGUCUUCUCAUACACAACAUUAUCAUUACAUGUAAAACAUGCCAUUGAAUCAUCAACGGAGAAACGAACCAAAGACAUUUUCGGACCGACACUGGGAAAGCGUUUAACCGUAUUUAUUGAUGAUUUGAACGCACCAAAAAAAGAUUGUUUUGGAACACAACAACCGAUCGCAUUAUUGAAAUUGCUUUUCGAAAAGGGUGGAAUGUUUGAUUGCGACAGAGAUUUAAGAUGGAAAAUAUUCAAAGAUGUUUGUUAUUUUUGUGCAAUGACAACGCCAGGCGGUGACCGGAAUGAAUUAGAUGCACGUUUUGUAUCACUAUGCGCUACAUUAAAUAUUAAUCGGCCCACCGAUGCAAUCGCGUUCAGCAUUUAUAAAUCCAUCCUACGAGGUCAUUUGGCCGACUUUUCGCCGGAUCUACAUCCCAUUUCGGAUACACUAAUUAAGAUGACACUGAGAUUAUUUAAGAUUGGCAUUUUGAAGCUUCCACCAGCAACACCAAGCAAGUUCCAUUACACAUUCAAUCUGAAAGAUUUAUCAAGAAUUUGCUGUGGAAUGUUAAUGAUUCACCCAAGCCUAUUUAUGUUGCCCAAGCAGUUGGUGCGACUUUGGCGGAAUGAAUUUACUCGAGUUAUUUGCGAUAGACUUACAAGUGAACAGGACGUUAAACUAAUGAAGAAAUUCAUUUCUGAGGAGAUAAUGCUGAGUUUUCCUGCGCCACAUAAAUUAGAUUUAUCGGUACACAGCGAUAUAAAUGAAAGCGGCGAUAAUGAAAAAGGUGAAAUAAUUGAAGGCAAUCAAGCCAUAGACAUUUCUAUUCACGAAUAUGCGCUACGUGAUCCAUUGCUGUUCGGUGACUAUCGAAAUAUGAUUAAUGAAAAUGAACCACGGUUCUAUGAAGAUUUGCUUGAUUACGAAGCCAUUUAUUUUUUAUUCCAAGAGAUCUUGCAAGAGUAUAACAAUCGUGUAUGCACUCUGAAUUUGGUUUUAUUUGACGAGUUUUUGGAACAUUUGACACGGGUACAUCGUACUUUGCGCCUACAUAGAGGACACGUACUACUAGUUGGACCGGAAGGUUGUGGGAAAACGUCUACCGCCAGGCUCGCAGCAUUUACUGCAGGUUGUGAACUGUUUGAAAUCGUACAAAGCGAGGGAUAUAAUGAAAAUCGCUUUCGAAACGACCUCAAAUUACUGUUUACACAGAUUGGAGUCCACAACAAACGAACCGUUGUCUUAUUUUCAAUUAUCAACGAUCAGAUGGACAAAAUGUCGGCCUAUUUUUUGGAGAUCAUAAAUAAAACCAUUACAGUGGGUAUAACUGAUGAUUUAUUUUCGGCGAGCGAAAAAGCUCAAAUUAUUGAUGACUACAGCGAAUGGAUUAAUAAAAACAAUGAUGAAAUGGCUAUGAGUGCCGAAUUAUGGAACCACUUUUUAGCCAACUGCAAUGAGAAUAUUCAUUUUGCAUUGCUCAUGAAACCGAACGAAGCAUUUCGCUUGCACUGUCGCCGCUAUCCAGGUCUAAUUGGAAAUACUUCAAUUGACUACAUGCGUCCGUGGAGCGAACAAGUGCUUACAAAAGUAGCGAACGUUUUUUUGGUCGGACAUCCAAUGAUAGCUGAAAACCAUCUCGACGGAAUUGUCAAGCAUGUCGUGCAUGUACACAAUUCCGUACACAAUUAUUCGGCUCGCUUUUUGACCGAAUGUGACCGCUUGAAUUUCGUAACUCCCAAACACUAUCUGGAAUACAUUCACACAAACAUUCGUUUGAUAGAGGAAAAAAAUCGAUAUUUGGCCGAACGAUGCAAUCGUUUGUCUGCAGCCAUUUCGAAAUGUGAAGAAUUGUCGGAAAAUUUAAAUCAACUGUCGUUGCUGGCGAAGGAACAGCGGGAGAAAAUGCAAUUGUUGAAGAUAAAGUGCAAGGAAAUGGUCGACAAUAUCGAGAAAAAUAUCAAUAUCGUUCAGGAGAAAGCUGAUGAAGCGCUUCGAAAGCAAUCGGAAAUUGUGGCCAAAAGUAAAAACAUUGCAAUCGAAAAGGAGAAAAUUGAAAUGACAAUAAUCGAUGCGUUACAGCCGCUGAAAGCAGCCAAGUUAGCAUUAAUUGAAUUUAAACGAGAUACAAUUGCUGAUAUGCUGGAAAUGGAGUCGCCGCCCGAAGACGUUGAAGUGGUCGCCGAGUGCUUUUUCAUAUUGAGAGGCAUUCGAGAUAUCUCAUGGAAGAAUGUGCGCAGCGCAAUGCUUGAAGACGAUUACUUCAGAAGCCUUUCAGAAAUGAAUUGUGAUUUAAUUAGUCUGAAGCAACUAUUACAGUGCAAGGGUCACUUAAAAAAAUGCGAUCUAAGCCAAUUGGAAACAACGUCACCGGGAUUCUUUGAACUAUUCAAAUUUUUAAAAGCAGUCGUGACAUACUGCGACAUCCUCAAAGACAUCCAUCCGAAGCGUACACGGCUCAAAAUGCUCGAGAAUGAAGUCGAAGAAUCAAUAAAUGUGCUGCAAAUGUUGAAUGUCGAACAAAAUCAAUUGGAAAUCGAAUUGGACGAGUUGAGACAGCAGCAUGUGAGCGCUACUGACGAAAAGCACACGCUAAAAGCCAUGCUAUGCGAAACCGAAACCAAAUUGAAAAUAUCAACGAAAUUGGUCGAUGAACUGAAUCCAGAGAGGAGCAGAUGGGUAUCGAAUUUGUCGGUUCUGGAAAAUGAAAAAGAUAAUGUCAUUGGAAAUUGCUUGCUGACAGCAUCGUUUCUUACAUACACCGGCUGCUUCUCAAUGUCAUUCCGCAAGGAAAUGAUAUUUGACGAUUGGCUGUGCGACAUUCACACAAGAAACAUUCCAAUUGGUGACGUUUUCGAUGUUCUCGAUCUAAAUGAUAUUGGCUCAUCUCAAUCGUUCGAUGCUGAUGCUGGUGCUUCUGACGAUUUACUUGCCGAUGAAUUUUUCAAGCAAAAUCGAAUGAUAUUGUCAAAAACAUUAAGAACACCGAUUUGUAUAGAUCCACAGUUUAAAGCAAUCGAAUGCAUUAAAGCAGCGCAUCAACGUCAAAAUAAUGUUAAAUUUCUGCGAUUUGAUGCGGAUGAUGCCAUCGGUGAAUUGCUAAAAGCCAUCGCUCUCGGCGAAAUCGUUGUAUUCGAAGAUGUGCACACUCAAAUUGAUCCAACAUUGAUGGAUUUACUCGAGAUAAAGCUACGAGACAACCGAAAAUUUGUGAAAGUCGGCCCAAUCGAAAUCGAGUUUAACGACGGUUUUCGCAUGUAUUUGGUUAGCCAACGGUCGAAUCCGAAAUUCAGUGCACACGUUUAUUCGAGUGCCGUUGUCAUUAAUUUUAAUACAACGUUGCCGUCAUUAGAAAAUCAGUUGCUAGACAUUGUUUUCGAAGCGGUUGAUGGUGAAUUAGCAACGGAACGUGCAUCAUUGUAUGGUUCAGUUGCCGCAAAUCACAAACGACUUGUCGAAUUGGAAGCCGGCUUACUCACACAGAUCGCAUCAUGCGAUGGGAAUUUACGCGAUAAUCCAAACACAAUGAAAUUACUGGAAUCGACAAAGCUCGAAGUUAUACAGCUCAAUGCAAUGGUAUUUACGAAUGAAAACACCUUAACGACUAUCGAAACGAAACGAAAUGAUUUUCGAUUGAUUGCAUUGAAAGCCGCCAGUUUAUUCUUUGUGCUAGCCGAUAUGGCGGCUAUAGAUCCAUUUUACCAGCACGCAAUGUGCGAUUUUAUUGAAAUUUUUACGCAGAUAAUGGCCUCCAUACAGACUCCGGAUGAUGGGCCAAGUAAUCGUAUGGUUGGCAUCGAUUUGAAUCAACGCUUAUUGAAAAUAAUUGCCGAUUUAAGCAAACGGAUUUAUAAUAUCGGAUCGAUGGGAAUUUUUCAAAAAGAUAAACUACUCUUUUCCCUACGCAUCGCCAUGGAGCUGGAGUAUUAUGACGGAAGACUUCUACGUAAUGAGAUUGACUUUUUGUUCAGACCAAUCGGUGGGGCUGUGCAUGUGCCGAACACCACCACACCCGAUUGGCUAUCAAAUCAACAAUACAAUGACGCACACGAACUGAUGACUGCAUUUCCAACGGUAUUUUCUGACUUUUUGAAUCAACUCAGAGUAAAUGCUAACCAAUGGCAAGAGUGGCUUCAAGCGAAAACUCCAGAAUCAAUUAAUUGUCCCGAACCGUAUGUCAUGGGUAUAACACUUUUUCAGAAACUGUUAAUUCUACGAUGUUUCCGCCCCGACCGCUUACUGCCAGCCAUACGAACCUACAUAAGAAGCACAAUCGGUGAAGACUUUUUAAUAUCACCUGUUGUUGACUUCAAUCAAAUAUUCACGUCAUCCGCACCGAAUGUACCCAUUCUUGUGUAUCCAACCGACGGAAUGGAUCCAAUGCAUCAAAUAUUGAGACUGUCGCAUAAUUACCAUGGAGCAAAUAUUAUUUCAAUCGAUCACACAGCCAACGAUAUAAUUAUUUCACAAUUGAACGAAUCGAUAAGGACGGGCCAAUGGUUGAUUUUACAAAGCGGUGCACACACAAAGACACAGAUAAUUAAACGAAUAAAUCAUUUAUUAGACAUCAAAGAAUCAAAUGAGUUUCGUCAAGAUUUUCGAUUAUGGAUAAUAAUAGUACUGGAAACAAAGGCAUUUCCACUUGAAAUGUUACAAAGAUCAUUCAAAGUGGUGUACGAAAGGGCAAACGGCAUCAAACAAUGCUUACAAACAACUUUUGCAAACUUGGAGGAUUCUUCGAUCGAACGAUGUUCACACAAAUAUUUUAAGCCGCUACUUUACGUCCUGACAUUUUUCCAUGCAGCUAUGCAAGAGCGUUCAAAGUUUGGCAAAAUCGGCUGGAAUGCUAAUUACGAUUUUAAUGAAUUUGAUUAUGACACAAGCGUGCAAGUUUUGAGCUCGUCCUUACAAAGUACCACUUGCUCAUUUGAAAGCGGAUUUCAAUGGAACGACUUGAAAUUCUUGAUUGGAGAGAUGGUUUAUGGUGGAAAAGUUCUCGAUAACUUUGAUAGACGAAUACUGCUUGCAUAUUUGGAUGAGUAUCUCGGCGACUUUGUCUUUGAUUCAUUCCAACCAUUCCACUUUUACAAAGGCCACCAAGCAAACUAUGCAAUCCCAUAUGCAGCCAACUCGAAAAUGGAUUUUUUACACGCAAUUAAGGGACUUCCAUUAACUAAUGCACCUGACGUAAUCGGUCUGAAUGACAGUGCCGAAAUUGCAUACAACCAACAAUAUAUUAAAUACAUUUGGCAGCGACUCCCGCAGUGCAAGGUUCACCAAACAGAUGAUUUAUGUGGUGACAUAAGCCGUGACAACAUCAUUGAUAGAACAGCAUUGGAUAUACUUGAAAAAUUGCCAAAAACGUUCGAAAUUUGGCGAGUUAAAGAAACACUUCAAAUGAAAUUAUGUCCCACGGGUGUGGUUUUAUUACAGGAGCUGCAGCUAUACAAUGGACUUGUUGAACGUAUCGAAAAAACUUUAAAACUUUUACGAAAAGCAAAUGCCGGAAAAUUGGCGAUGGAUGCAACAUUGGAUGAGAUAGCAGACGCGUUAUUGAAUCAACGAUUGCCAGACGAUUGGAGGAAAUUAGCACCAGAAACUUGUAUGCAAUUAGCUGCAUGGUUAAAUCAUUUGCAGCAUCGUGCUCAACAGUAUAAAUAUUGGUCGGUUUCAGGUGAACCCACUGUGAUGUGGUUAUCUGGUUUGCAUGCACCUAAAAGCUUUUUGAGAGCAAUAGUUCAGAUGGAUUGCCGCAAAAAUAUUUGGCCUAUUGAAAACACAACGAUUUUUACCUCGGUUACAACAUACUCCGAUGCGAAUGAUGUGGAAGAGCAACUUGAUUCGGGUUGUUAUAUCAGCGGACUGUUUAUUGAGGGUGCUGGAUGGAGUAUUGAGCAUAACGCAUUGGUUAAAUCGAACAACCUGCAGGAGCCGUUACCUAUUUUACGUGUUAUACCAAUGGAAAAACAUAAAUUACAAACGCAGGAUUCACUGGUAACGCCCGUGUACACAACAUCGAAACGCAAUUGGGAUGUGCACAAUGAUAACAAUAGACUCGUAUUCGAAGCGUAUCUACGAAACAUCGAACAUACGAACCACUGGAUUUUGCUCGGUGUGUGCUUAAUAUUAAACCGAGAUUAAAUCGCGCCCAAUAAAAGUGAUGUCAAAUUGUAAUUAAUUUAUUACAACGGGCCAUCGAGCAUGCCAUGGCCAUGGCACAAGAAAAUCGACGCAAAAAAAUUGGAAUGAAAUGAAAGAAGAAAUAAAUUCCAACCGGCAAACGAAAUAAAUAAAACACCAACCGAAAUAAUAUUGUUGUAAGCAAUAUGAUGUAAACCGAAUCGGAAAGCGUGAAAAACGGAGAUGACCGGAAUUGAAUGAGAGGGAGAGAGAGAAGGAAAGCGAAAAAAAAAACAUCGGCCGAAUAAAUAAAAUAUCGCACCAAUGAAAAAUAAAAAUGCAAUGCACUACUGCACCAGAUUCAACUGCACACACACGCACACACACACACAGAGAUUUAUAAAAAUUGGUGAUAAAAACCAAAUUGUG